AAACAAAAUAAGAUGGUUCAAAAAAGAUUAAAUCUCGGCAGUUUCGUGAAAACAAUAUAUGAAAACGAAUUUCAAUGGUCUAUCGUAAAGAGUUUAGGUAUGUUUUUUUUGGGAGUUCGCAUCGCUAAAGAGUUUGUUGGAGUGGAAAUUAUGCCAGCGUUAGCAGCACGCACUUGAUAAAACUCG